AUGUAUGAAGGAAUCGACGUCAAAGUAAAAUUUGAAGGUAAAGAGCUGGACAGCGACCUCAAUACUAUUGGAGAUUAUUUUGAUGGGCAACCUACUGCUAAACACAUCCACAUAAUCGUGGAACCACCAUCGCCCGCCACCACUGAAAAAAGAAAACUGCCCACCAUCACCC